AUGCUUUCCUCCACUGCCUCUGGGAUGUUUUCUUUUUGUCAAACAGGACCAGCGGACCUUGCCGGUUCGUCCUGGGACGCGACAGCUGAAGGACCACAGAACUUCCCAGAGUUUACAGACCAUGGAGAAUACUACACUGGAGAUGCCGAGGAUUAUGUUCUUCCGUUUGGCCAGAUCACUCCCAAGCCGGAUCUCGCCGAUGGCAUGGAUGACCUCCAGGCCAGAUGGAACCCUGCAGCCGCAGCUGAUGCAAAGGCUCCCAAGGCAGAGCCGAUGCGCCGAUUGACAUCCCGGAGCUCGGCUGGAAGCCACAAACACAGGAGCACCAAGACAUCGACACCAACAUCAAAGAAGAGCCGGCCGAGAGUCCAAUCGAUUCUCUCGCAGACAUCUACACAAAUGUCUAAGCUUGAUAUGACAGGUAAUGCUUCCGCCUAUCAGGAUGGAUCCAUUGCAAAUGGCCGGAUGAUGGAUGUGCACCAAUACCUCGCCCAAGACUUGGACUCGCUCUCAGUGUCGCCGCAUGUGGCUGGGCCCGCCUUCUACCCCGACAUGAUUUUCCCAGACGGUCUUCACUACCCUAGUGACCUGGGCGCUUCAGUGGCGCAACAUGUGAACCCUCAGAUCUUUGAUGCCGGUCUGCCAGGCAGCUCUCCUCAUUCUUGGGGCUCGCUGAGCCCCGUUGAUUCCCGCAUGUCUUCUCCGGGACUCGCCGACGGUGUGUCAGAUGAUGUGUGGUCCGCGGUUCCAUCCGCAUCCUCGCCCGCAGAGAGCCAGAACUCGAACUCGCCGCCCAUGCCAGGACAAUCCCCAAGGCUGAGCCGGAGAUUUGAUGCCCCUCAUUUUGUUACCACCGAUGAUCUGCAUGGAAACAGCAUGCCCGCCAUUGGAGAGGACACCUUCUCCCUUCCCCCAGCAUUCAACUCUCGCCGUCUUAGCGGCGAAGGUGAGUCCGCAAGGGACCAUUAUCUUUACAAGACCGCGUAUCCCCAGGCGGACGGCUUGUUCCAUUGCCCAUGGGAAGGCCAGCCGAGCUGCAACCACAAGCCCGAGAAGCUCAAGUGUAACUACGACAAGUUCGUGGAUUCUCAUCUGAAGCCCUACCGGUGCAAGGUUGAGGGUUGCCAGAAUGCCCGGUUCUCUUCUACUGCUUGCCUCCUUCGGCACGAGCGUGAGGCCCAUGCUAUGCACGGCCACGGAGAGAAGCCAUACCUGUGCACCUAUGAGGGGUGCGAACGGGCCGAGCCUGGCCACGGCUUCCCCCGGCAAUGGAACCUCAGAGACCACAUGAGGCGGGUCCACAACGACAACGGCACCGCUGCCCAGCCCUCUUCCCCCCCACCGUCGGGAGUCACCGCUUCCACCAGAGGCCGGAAGAGGAAGAACGAGGUCCAGGAGAAGAACGCCAGCCAAGAGAAGUCCAGUGCCCGGAAGUCGUCCAACAAGGCGGCCAUUGAUGCCAAGGCUUCCAAGGCGGCCGAGGUCGCACUGAACGCCGAAAUUGAUGAGUGGUAUGAGCACCAAAAGGCCCUGCAGAGCCUGGUCCAGGGAUACAUCCAGCCGGAUGACCCCCAGAGUCUUCAGUACAUCAAGGACGCCCAGGACCACUUGACCGCCAUGGGCAAGAUCUCGCACGAGAUUGUUGUCACCAACAAGGCCGACGUUCUCUCGGGACCUUACCGGUCAUGGAAGAGCUGA